CUGUGAACUUCGUUUCCCAGCGUGCAUCGCGCUGACAGCUUCUUCCUCGCGACAAAAAUGGCGGCGCCUUUAACACUCCUGCUGAUAGUGGCUGUUACAAUAAGAGCCGUUUUAUUCCGAUCCAGUUUGGCAGAAUUAAUUUCAGAGAGGGUCGAGGUGGUGUCGCCUUUGAAUGCGUGGAAACGAGUUGUAGAGGGUCUUGCCUUGUUGGAUCUGGGGGUCUCGCCUUACUCAGGAGAUGUGUUUCAUGAAACACCUUUUAUGAUCUACCUCUUUCAUUUUCUGGUCGACUAUGCCGAGAUUGUUUUUAUGAUAGCAGAUGGAAUCACAGCAGUGGCUCUUUAUCAGUCAAUUCAGACUUAUAACAAGAAUGUGUUUAGGAAACAGAAGUAUGCCUUGGAAUCAGACCGGUAUCCCGCCGACUGUUUGGAGCUCCUCCGCUCUCCCAAGGAAAUGUUCUACAUCCCCCUCAAGGUUGCCAUGUUUUAUCUGUUAAAUCCCUUCACCAUCCUGUCUUGUGUGGCAAAGUCAACUUGUGGGCUGAACAAUGCCAUUAUUGCGCUCUUCAUUCUCUGUACAUUAAAAGGUAGUGCCUUGUUGAGUGGGAUAUUGUUGGCCUUGGCCACAUAUCAGUCCAUCUAUCCUCUGACCCUGUUUGCUCCUGCUCUCCUGUUCUUCCUGCAGAGGUUAUAUAUCCCAGUGAACCUGAGGAGGAGUAGUUUCUGGUUCUUCACUCUUCAGUAUGCGUUCAUAUAUGUAGGCAGUCUUGUGGUGAUCACUGGACUCUCUUUCUUCCUCCUGGGCUCCUGGGACUUCAUCCCUUCUGUCUAUGGAUUCAUAUUGUCUGUUCCUGACCUGACUCCAAACAUCGGACUCUUCUGGUACUUCUUUGCAGAGAUGUUUGAGCAUUUCCGUCUCUUCUUCAUCUGCGUCUUUCAGAUCAAUGUCUUUUUUUACACCAUCCCGCUCUCUAUCAAACUCAAGGAGCAUCCAGUGUUCCUCAUCUUCAUGCAGAUUGCCAUCAUCUCCAUCUUCAAGUCGUACCCUACCGUGGGAGAUGUCGCCCUCUACAUGGCAUUUUUGCCGGCCUGGAGUCACCUUUACAGAUUUUUGAGAAACAUCUUUCUGGUGUCAUGUGUGCUGCUGGCGUGCGCCGCACUCUUUCCUGUACUCUGGCAUUUGUGGAUAUACGCUGGCAGUGCCAACUCUAAUUUCUACUACGCCAUCACAUUGCUCUUCAACUUUGGACAGAUCCUCCUGGUGUCCGAUUAUUUCUACGCCUACCUGCGUCGAGAACAUCACCUGACCCACGGCCUCUAUCUGAAGAAGAAAGACGGCACUGAAGCCACUCUAGUGUUAAAGUGACCUCCUGUCACAGGUCUUCCAGAUCUCACCGACUGCCUCACACUCUCAUAACUUCCACACUACACUUUUUCCCCGGAUCUUUUUCUCUCUCAGCUCAAUUUGCCUCUCCUUUCUUUUUUUUUUCAAAGCCUGUUACUUUCUUUUGCACAUUUGAGCAUUUUACCUCAUGUUUGAAUGUUGACACGCUCUCUUGGACCAAAGCUGUUUUGUUCGAGACUUUUUGAUAAUGGGGGCUGGCUGAAGGUAUCUGAGUGAUACAGAACUUUACUGUUUUGGCUCCAAUGAGGUGGGUACAAAAGUUAUUUUCACUUUCAAUUUGCUCAUCUUUCUUUGUUUCUAAGGAUUUAUUUUCUUUAUUGAAGUCUAUUCAAAAAGUGAGGUUGUUUGGUUGGAUGGUGCAGUUUGAAGCCAUGGUCAGCAGAGGGCAUAACGUGAAUGUGACAGAAUCCUCUGCGCCUUUGUGAACAUUUUAUCAGAGAGUCUGACAUGAAGAGGUGGUUUUAUUCAAACGCUCUCUGAAUGCUUUCCUUGGUUUGACUAAAAAAAAUGUUAUUUUAUUUUUUAUUAUUUUUGCAUUUUAAUAAUGCAAGAGGCAUAAGAGUUACUUAAAUAUUUAGAUUUGAUACUUUUUGUACAACAGUUUUGUUUUGUUUAUGUUCAUACAAAAAUGAGGGAUUCAAAUUGCACUGCAAUUGUAUUUAGUUUGAAAUUGGCCUUGGUUUUAAUUGGGUUUGAUAUUCUGUAUGAUUCCCUUAAAAAAAAAAUUAACCUGGAUUGACUUUGAUCUGUGCUUUUGAUCGAACACCACCAGGGCAUGUGAACCUAUCGACCGCACACCUGUAUAACUCCUCCUUUUUGUGCUUCGACCUUCCUUUGUAGUUCUUAGAGGAUGGAAUAUUCCAUUGCUUGUAUUGUUUCCAGACUUUGAGUAAUCCACUCUUUGGUCAGGUAGGAAGGCGUAAACGUCCGGGUGGCUUUGAUUAUGAGGUCAGCUGUUUCAAAGUCUAGUGUGUGGAAAUCAUCUCUGAAGUCAUAAAGAUGUAGAUGCUGAAGGUUUACAAACAGCUGCUUGCCAUUUUAUUUCCACAUGAAAUGACAUAACUUAUACCUGAUGUUGAAAAUUAAAGUAUUUUAUAUCAUAUUGUAUAUUAACCAAGAAACACUUUUUUUUCCUGAUCUUGAGUUAAACCAAAAACAAAACAAAAAAUAUUUUCACAAAAUAAUAAAUAAAUAUUCAGUUUAGUUUGCUUCUCUCACUACGUUAUUUUGUUUAUAAGAAUAAACAUCAGUAAUGUAAGAAAAUUAACUUGAAGGGGUCAUAUGAUGCGAUUUAAAUUUUUCCUUUCUCUUUGGAGUGUCACAAGUUCUUGGUACAUGAACAAGAUCUGUGAAGUUGCAAAGACUAAAUUCAAAAAUCCAAAGAGAUAUUCUUAAUCAAAGUUAAGACUCUGCCACGCCCCCUAAAACAGCCCAUUCAAACACACCCCCACAUGUCUACAUCACUGUGGAACUAUUUGCAUAAUAACUCCCAAAAAAGAAAGAAGGCGUGGUUUCAGUAACUGCAGUCAUGUCAGGGAGAUGCUGUGUGUAUCUAGGUGAAAGCAAAAACACUUUAUUUGGCCUUCUGUAAGUAGAUGCAUUUAGGAAUCUUUAAGAUAACUUACAAAAGAACAACAUUACGUUUUAUGGAUGAGUGUUUCGUGAACCUAGGAGAGGAGGUAAUUCUGACUUUGCAACGACUGACUUUGCUGGUGCUUCUGAAUCAGCUACUGGAAGUAUGUUUUGUAACUUUGUGCAUCGCGUCUGUGAGAGAGAGAGAGAGAGACAGUCAAACAGGAGCCACGUCCAUGACUUGUGUACUGCAAACACAUAGGAGCUUCAUCACUGUGUCUGUCACGCAACUCUGUUCCUCUUUUGGGCUUGCACUGUUGGUAAAACUAAGAACAUUAUUAACUGUAUUUACAUUUAUUUUGAAAGAUGAAGCUUGCAAUUAUGCAAAAGGGGCGUUCAUUUCCCUAGAGUGCUUGCGGUGUUUGGCCAGUCACAAUGUACUGGGUCAGUUGGCCAAUCAGAGCAGACUGUGCUUGUUUGAAGGGGGGACUUUGUAGAAAACGAUGCGUUUAAGAGAGACGGGGCACAGAGGGCCUACAGUAAUAUACAGUAUUUGAAAAAUGAUGUUUUUGAACAUUGAAGCAUGUCAACAUAUUUUGUUAAACCAAAUUAACAAAAUAAUGAUCUUUAAAAAAGCAUCGUAUGACCCCUUUUAAAGUUGUAUAUAUUUUUCAGUUUUAAAAUAAAAGUAUGUUGUUUUUUGACGCUGUUUAGAUAUUGUUACUGGGCAACAAAACAGACUGAUUAAGAAAACUUUUUUUUUUUUUUUUUUGGUGGUGGUGGAUUAAUACAGCAUUUUGACUGAAACUACUGACUUUCACCAUUUUGAGCAGUUGUACUAGCCAGUACCAAUUCUUUUCUUUUUUUCAGUCCUCAUGGUGAUUAUUAAUUUUGUUCUUUUAAAUUAAUUUCUCUUCUGCAGUUUACCUUGAAUGAACAACAGACUUAAGUCUUUCAGUACCAAGUAAGAAACAUUUGAAUGGCCUGCUAAAUGAGAAUAUGUAUGUAGUUGGCACAAUUAAGGGCUUCUCUCCUGCUUGCAUCAGAGAUGGAGCUGCAGGGAAUCUUUUUUCUUGGGAAACUUAGCAUAUGAAAAACUUCAAUGUGUUUUCAGGAAUUUUUUUUUCUUUCAUUUUAAAUGCCUAAACGGUUCAGAAAUGUGCACACUGAUGUAUUACGCAUUACAUGACCUCUAUUUCACAUUACUCUGCUUCCUCUUUUAGCCUGAAAGGAAAGUUUGGGCCAUUUUAGAUGUCAUAGCACUGAUUUUGAAAUUAUUUGUAAAUUAUGUGGUGAUUUAAAAUGCCAAUAAAGAUUAUUUCUCAGUCA